AUGGCUAUUCCCUCUGGAUGGGAUGUUAGUCCAUGGCAGGUCACUCCACAAUUGUCUUCUGACAGAGUCGGUCACACGGACCACCAAUCACGCUGCUCCAAGAGCAAGGAAAUUCUGACCAAGUCUCUCGCUCUUUUGAUUAUCGGAUGCGAGGAGAAUAAAUCCCUUUCGACGAGCACGUCUUCUGUGGCUGUAAACAAUCAAGUAGCCUAUCAACAUCAGACUCGUGGAAUGACAAAAUUCGACAACUGGAAUCAAGAAGCGCGAGAAGUGUUCCAAACAAACAUGAAAUACGCGUGUGCAGUUUGUGUUAUUUUAUGUUCGUUUCUUGCCCUAGUAGAUUGCCGUGCAGCACCCAGAGAUUGCCGUGACAAGUUUCGUAACUGUGACACGUGGAAAAGAUCCGGCUUUUGUGGAGCCAACUCACAUGCGUUCUACCUGAGGAAUGGCUGUGCCAGAACUUGUGGGUUCUGUAAAAGUAACGCUCCACUGGAUACCAAUCUACAUUCUGUUCAAGAUGCUCUCUACGCAACACAUAAAACCGGUCAGAAAGCGCAUAACGGAGUUGUUACAUUAUCACAUAAACAGAGUACCGCUCCUUCACUGGGUGCCCUGGAGCAUCAAAAGCUUCAUGCUCUACCACCAAAGAUAGCCAAGCAUCUGAGGACCUCAGACGAAUCUGGAGAGGAAAAGCCAGAAUGCAAAGAUAGGUUUGUGACUCAGACCUGUAAGAACUGGAAGGAUGGUGACAUUUGCAUGGAUGAUCGUUACAGGAAAUACUUGACUUACGGCUGCGCCAUGACAUGUCGCUUCUGCAAUUGUCGCGAUACAUACAGGGAAAACCCGUAUUGUGAAGAGUGGAAAACACGAGGAUUCUGUGAGACGUACAAAGAGCAGCUGGAGACCUACUGUCCCAAGACUUGCGGUUUCUGCAUCAACGCAGAAUACGUGGAGACUCCGACCGAGAAUGUAACAACAACACCUUCCCAGAAUUCUACAGCUACGCCUGCACCGUCCCAGAAUUCUACUGCUCAGCCAACACCGUCCCAGAAUUCCACAGCUAGCCCUACACCUUCUCAGAACUCGACAGUUAAACCUCCAGGUCCUCAAGACAGUGGAGCAGCUGGUCAUGUUGUUCCACUCACUGGCGGUCGACCAAGUCAAUUUGCCGAAACUGGAAACACAAAUUCGAAAAGAGGUUUGCCGUUAGUCCCUGAGAGGAACUCGCCAUUGUGGUCUGUUAAUGCUGAUACUCGGUUGACUUUGCCACAGCCUCAGCAGUAUGAUGACAUGGGAGGUGCGGUGAGGCGUCCUCUUGAAGACGGUACUUACUUCACUCCCGCCAAAACUAACGAGAAGUUUGAUUACUACACCGAGCACUACUCACCAGAUCCCUACGUAGCGGCCGCGCAGAGAGAAGAAUGGAUGAGUUCAAACAAUGGUGGCUCUCCGUCACCAAGGCUUAGCCGGAAAUCAAAGAAACCGGAAGUAAAGGAAGAAAAGGAAGUCGUUGAAGUGUUAAAGAAAUCUGACGUAAAGCAAAGCAAGCAUAAGCACAAGAAUCCGAAACAUUAAAUGAAAUGAAGUUCGGAUCCAUCCACUGGAUUUCAACUUUACUGUCUUAUUUCAUCUAUACAAUUAUUAGAGCAAGUCUUAUCUAGUGGAAUCACUUGAGAACUUGAUGAUUAAGGGGGUGGCGACUGGCUGCCGUAAACCCUGGUUGAAGAAAGAAUCUCACUUUUCAGAUGUAGUCUAGUAUGACUGGGGUCAACUUUACAACUACUGUGCUCCUGACGCACCAGAUGCGACAAGCUGUCAAUUGUUUAAAUUGUGACUCUUUUCAGAUGGAUUCAAGACCAACGAAACCGUGAAAGCAACCAUCCCAAAAAAUAAAUAUUCUGGAAAUACUCGAUCUUGAGUCAUUUCUUAUUAUCACAGACAAUAUUUCCUUAUCAAAAACCAAUAGAAAAGUAGAUCGUUUCAAUUUUAAUUGUCAAUAAACCUAAAUGACCUUAAUGUGUCAUAAUUUGUUUUCACUCAUCUAUGUGAUCUUUAUUAACAGCAGGUUCGUUCAUCUUGGUCGGCGAUUCACUCAGUUCGGUGGAAUGAGCACAGCUACGUCCACAGUUCUUAAACCUUAUUAUUUAAUGUUCUGAUAACUGAGCUUACAAUUUUCAACCGAUUUUCAAAAUAUGAGCGUAGUGAAACCAUCAGAACAUCCUGAGGGGUACGUUAGUCGUAGUCGUUAGUCGUUAGUUGUACGGUAUCGAUUUUUCAGGCAAGGCACCAUACGUUCAAUUAAUCGAUGUCGCUUAUUUACAAGAAACAACCAAGUAUGCUACUAGCAAUUGUAAUAUGACUAGGAGUUGCGUAGCUCGAAAAUAUUUUUUUUUUUUGACUUCCCAAAAUUUGCGAUAAUUUUGAAGAAAGACUAUUGAUUAGCGGAGAUCUUCUUACACCUGCUAAAUCGGUUGAUCAGUAGCUUCUGGUGGCAAAGGUGUGUUUUUAAAAAUGCGUUAUCUUCACAGGAACCUGAAGUUGUGCAAAACUGUGUUCGUUUUAU